UGGGGCGCAGGAGGAGGAAGACGCGCGCAGGGCGCAGAGCGCAGAGCGCAGGGCGCACGGUGCGGGGCGCACGGCUGCAAGGCUUCCCGGGCUCGGCAGAGGGCAUCGCGCCCCUUCCCCACGCCGGAUGCGGGGCUGGCUGCGUGGGGGAAACUACACUUCCCAGCGAUCCCGCGGCAGAGGAAAACCCUCCGGCUUUGACAGCCGCCGCCCCAGCCUGCUGCCAGCCAGCCAGCCGGGCGCUGGGUUCCGGUAUCCCAGCCACUCGCAGCCGCCAGGGCCAUGCGCGCCCCUCCUAGCCCUGCUGGGCCCCCCGGGCCGGUGGGGCACAUGUAGCCAGGCUCGAGUGCCGCCUCCCCGGCCUCGGGGCCUGCGCGCCCCGCCAGAGCCUGAUGCCCCGCCUGGAGCUGGGGGCCGGCGAUCGAGGCCUUCGGGGGGCCCCGCGUGAGCGCAGAGCACCCCCAAGGCCCGGGCCCGCCGCUAUGGCUCCGGCCCUGCCCUGGCUCUUGCUGUGGGUGGGCUCCGGGGUGCUGCCUGCCCAUUGCUUGCAGCCCGGGAUCCGGCUCCCCCUGCGGAGCGGGUUGGGGGUCUCCCCUUUGGGAUUGCGGCUGCCCCGAGAGACCGACGAGGCCUCGCCCGCGCGCAGGGGCAGCUUCGUGGAGAUGGUGGACAACCUGCGGGGCAAGUCCGGCCAGGGCUACUACGUGGAGAUGACCGUGGGCAGCCCCCCGCAGACGCUCAACAUCCUAGUGGACACAGGCAGCAGUAACUUCGCAGUGGGUGCUGCUCCCCAUCCUUUCCUGCACCGCUACUACCAGAGGCAGCUGUCCAGCACAUACCGGGACCUCCGCAAGGGCGUGUACGUGCCCUACACCCAGGGCAAGUGGGAAGGGGAGCUGGGCACCGACCUGGUGAGCAUCCCCCACGGCCCCAACGUCACAGUGCGCGCCAACAUUGCUGCUAUCACUGAGUCUGACAAGUUCUUCAUCAAUGGCUCCAACUGGGAGGGCAUCCUGGGGCUGGCCUAUGCUGAGAUUGCCAGGCCUGACGACUCCCUCGAGCCUUUCUUUGACUCUCUGGUCAAGCAGACGCACGUACCCAACCUCUUCUCCCUGCAGCUCUGCGGCGCUGGCUUCCCCCUCAACCAGUCAGAGGCAGUGGCCUCCGUGGGUGGGAGCAUGAUCAUUGGGGGCAUCGACCCGGCUCUGUACUCGGGCAGCCUCUGGUACACACCCAUCCGGCGUGAGUGGUACUACGAGGUGAUCAUCGUGCGAGUGGAGAUCAACGGGCAGGACCUGAGAAUGGAUUGCAAGGAAUACAACUAUGACAAGAGCAUUGUGGACAGCGGCACCACCAACCUCCGCCUGCCCAAGAAAGUGUUUGAGGCUGCAGUGAAAUCCAUCAAGGCAGCCUCUUCGACAGAGAAGUUCCCGGAUGGCUUCUGGCUCGGGGAGCAGUUGGUGUGCUGGCAGGCUGGUACCACCCCCUGGAACAUCUUCCCCGUCAUCUCACUCUACCUGAUGGGCGAGGUCACCAACCAGUCCUUCCGCAUCACCAUCUUGCCACAGCAAUACCUGCGGUCAGUAGAGGACGUGGCCACAUCGCAAGAUGACUGCUACAAGUUCGCAGUGUCACAGUCAUCCACAGGCACCGUCAUGGGGGCCGUCAUCAUGGAGGGCUUCUACGUCGUCUUUGACCGUGCCCGCAAGCGCAUCGGCUUUGCCGUCAGCACAUGCCACGUGCACGAUGAGUUCAGGACAGCGGCUGUGGAGGGCCCCUUUGUCACAGCAGACAUGGAAGACUGUGGCUACAACAUCCCACAGACUGACGAGUCCACCCUCAUGACCAUCGCCUAUGUCAUGGCCGCCAUCUGCGCCCUCUUCAUGCUGCCGCUCUGCCUCAUGCUGUGCCAGUGGCGGUGCCUCCGUUGUUUGCGCCAGCAGCACGACGACUUUGCUGAUGACAUCUCCCUGCUCAAGUGAGGGGCCGUGGGCUGGGGGCAGGAGGCGGAGACUGAGGGGCCCUGCGGCCUCACACACCCACUCAAUGCAGCUGUCCUGACAGAGGCAGAGGUGCCAGCAAGGUAUACAUGGGGUGGGAAGACAAGGGUCACCUCAGAUUGAGCUGGGAAAUUCUGCUGCUUGGAACUUUGGCCCCGAGCCCGUGCCCGCCAGCCCUGCUGCACCAAGCCCAAGUGCUCUCUCUUGCCAGUCCAUGUGGGAGGUGGCAGGUGGGACCCCAGCAGGGGAGAAUAGGGACCCUCCUGGCCCAUCCAGGUCCAUCAGGAGGAGCCUGCGGUAGCUUUAGCCAGAGUUUGUCCAAAGCCUGGUAUGAACCGAGACCGUAGGGCAGAAUCCUGGGACUGAUGGUGCAGCCACCCAAGGCCACAGGACAAAGGAGAGGCCGCUGGGACCUCAGGGAGAGUCUGGGAGGAACCUGUUAGAGUGGCCUCCUGAGGUGCAUUCAGGCUGGAGGCUUGACCAAACAUGCAGUGGGAAGGAUUUGUUGAGCUCACACGCUCCUUUUAGCUCCCAGAAAAGUGCCCGCUGAGAUGCUCCCCUGGAGCAGUGAAUUCCUGCAGCUGCUCCCAUGUGCAACCCCAGCCCUGCAUUCCUGCCGCACCCCCAUGCCCGAGGGGGCACCACAGGGUGCUGUUUUCCUGAUUGCUUGUCCCCUCCCAUCCGCCAUCUUUACCCUUCUGGAGCUUUGCCACUCGGGUGCCAGGAGGGAAGGCGAAGGUGGAGGACACUGCCGAGGCUCCCCCUGCACAGCUGUAGCAGUAGUGAGCAAACCUGCAGGCAGCAGCAGCCUGGCUGCCUUCUUCCCUUCGCCCCCAGCCCCUCUGCCUGGCCCUAGUAUUAGCUCCAGAGGGUCAGAACACGGGGUGAGCAGGACUGGGACGAAGGCUGCCUGAAAGGGGUGUGUGGCCUGGGCCCAAUCUCCUUCACCACCGGGGCCCCAGGGCCCCAUUCCCUGCUCCCCUCUCCUGGGAGGUGGGCCCCAGGCUGGCUCAGCCAACUAAUGCCAGUGCUAGUCAAAGAGCUCCCUUCCCCCGGCCAACCUGCGGGGGGGCCUGGAGCUGGGAGUCCACCUAAUGAGAGGGAGAGAUGCCCACAAGCCAUAAACCAAUAAAACGAGAAUCAUGAGUCA